GAAUUUGGACAUAGCCAUGGGCCUUCAAAAGAGGUGGAGGAGGAGCAGGAUAUUACGACACCGAGACACACGUGACAAGAAGGUAAAAAAAGACGAGGAACAUGUCGAUCCCUAUAUUGCUUGUAAGGCAACUAUGGACAUCAAAGUGUUAUUUGUUGAAGAGCUGGGGCACACUGAGCACCUGCAUGUCAGCAUUGUGCACCUCUCAGACUGGAGAGGCUGUAAAGAGCACAGCAAAAGGACAAUCUCCAGAGCAUGGAGGAGAUUCCAGGAGACAGGCAGUUACUCUAGGAGAGCUGGACAGGGCUGUAGACGGUCCUCAUUCCAUCAGCAGGACCGAUAUCUGCUGCUUUGUGCAAGGAGGAACAGAACCUGCAAAAAUGGUACCUAAGCCUGAGGAUGCUUUUGACAACAGCAAAUAUCAAAAUUACCAACACCACAGCUACACCCCUUAUACUUUUGCAGACAUGGAUUUAGAGAUGGCAAAGUAUCGUCUCCCUCAGCCUACCUCUGGAAGACCCUCACCCCAACACUAGAAGACUGGGCCGCUGGAUGCAUGUGUGUGUGUGUGUGCGCGCACGCUCGCGUAUUUGCAUACGUCAAAGUCUGCUUUAUUGUCAAUCUCCUCACAUGCCAAGACACACAAAGAAAUCGAAAGUACGUUCCCACUAUCCCAAGACAUGACAUAGUACACAACCUACAUACAAGCAAACAACACAAAAUAAAAACAAGAAGGCACAAACAAUGAAUAAUAAGAGUGAUGAAUAAGUAUGUGCGUAGGUACGUACGCACGCACGCACACAUAUAUGUACAUAUAUAUGAACACGCACGUAUAUACAGGGUCCGUUUUUUUUAUUUUCGAAAAGUACAUAUGCCAUUUUGUUUCAUUUCAUUUUCGUUAAUAAUGUUAAUAAUUUCGUCAAUGUUAUUUUGUUUUGUAUCAGUUGCUAAUAUGAAUUGGACCGGUGAGCAUCGCGCUUUCAUUGUGAAAACCUUUAUUGUAACAAAUCUGUUACUGCAACACAACAAACGUUCUGUUUGCGCUUCAGGCUUGGUAGACAUAAUCCCGUACCUGCUCGAAACACGGUCUUGUUAUGGGUUACUAACUUCAGAGCCAGUGGAUCAGCAAUGAAACGAAAAUCAACCAGCAGACCUCGCACCGCCAGAACUUUAGACAAUGUGGCACCGGUAAGACAAAAAUAACAUCAUUCGAAAACGAAACAAAAAUAAAAUGCAACGAAACAAAAUAAAGUAGCAUUAUAUGUACUUUUCGAAAAUAAAAAAAACAUUUUUGUUUAAUUUAUUUGUAUAUUAUUAAACCUACAAAUGUGUCAGAUCAUUUUGCCGGACCCUGUACAUGUACAAACCGGAUUCGGUUGAAGUUGAAGCUAAUUCUCUUAGCUUCUCUAUUUUCUCAUGCAGUUGUGGACAUAGUGGUGAACCUCGCCCCAUCCUUCCUUGUGAAUGACUGAACAUGUUUGGGGAUGCUCCUUUUAUACCCAAUCACCUGUUCCCAAUUAGCCUGAUCACAUGUGGGAUGUUCCAAAUAGGUGUUUUAUGAGCUUUUCUCAGAUUUCUCAGUAUUUUUUUGCCACCUUUCCCAACUUCUACUGGACGUGUUGCAGCCAUGAAAUUUUAAGUUAAUUAUUAUUUGGCAAAAAACAAUUAAGUUUAUCAAUUUGAACAUUAAAUAUGUUGUCUUUGUAGUGUAUUCAAUAUAUGGGUUGAGAAGGAUUUUCGAAUCAUAUGUUGUUUUUAUUUACAUUUUACACAAUUUCCCAACAUCAACCGAAUCUGGUUUAUAUGUAUGUGUGUGCUUGCGUGCGCGUGGGUGCGUGCGUGUGUGUGGUGUGUGUGAACACGCAGUGUGAACUCUCGCUAUGAUGCGGUUCACCUUUCACGGUCUCGUUGUUUCACGGAUGUUUUUGGGGGGUGUCAAUGUAUCAUGGUUUUAUUCAUUUACAGUAAUCCCUUGUUUAUUGCAAGAGAUGCGUUACAGAAACAUCCGCGAAAUACAAACGAUAUAUUUACUUACGUAUUUAUACACUAUAUUAAGGCCUCCCCCAUGCUUUUACACAAUAAAAAAACUUUCCCAUUCCCUUAAUAACAUUGCCACACAGCUUUGUGCAUGUUGUGUACCUUUACAGUCAAUAAAAGAACAAACAUAA